GUGCAUUUCAGAAAAAGAUGGCGACAAGCUAGCGAACAACUAUUUUCGGUUUUGAAAAGUAUGAGUGCAGCAGCACAGGUUUUAAGACAAGCAGAAGCACUUAAAGCCAGUAUAUCAGAUUCUGCCAAAGGUAUCUCAGAAACAUGGGUCGCAAGACAAAGACUAGAAGAUUUAUACAAGAAGCUCCUUUUGAUGGAUUUAGAAUAUGCUUUGGAUAAAAAAGUAGAACAAGAACUGUGGAAUCAUGCUUUCAAGAACCACAUUAAUGAGUUGCAGUCACAAACUAAGGACAAACAAAAUGUCAAAAGAGGAGAAGUUCAGGCUACAUUAAAUUUGUUUUUAGAAACAGCAAGUGGAUUUUAUUUACAACUUUUACAGUUAAUUUGUACAACAUUUAAGUUAGAUCUGCCUUUUAGAAGGAAGUCAUCAUGCUUUGGUGUAAUGAAAGAAAAGAUACCUACAAAGAUAAAGAUCACACCUCCAAAGAAAAGUUCCUGUCUGUAUUUUUGUCAACACUGCUUAGUCCAUCUUGGGGACAUUGCAAGAUAUAGACAACAAAUAGAGCAAGCUCAGACAUACUACUGGCAUGCAGCUAAUCUAGUACCAUUUAAUGGACAACCUUAUAAUCAGCUUGCAAUAGUUGAAGCAGCCAGAGGUAACAAACUGUCUACUGUAUUUUAUUACAUCAGAAGUUUAGCUGUAAGACAUCCUUUCCCAGUAGCAGCAACUAAUCUGGAAAAGUUAUAUACUAAAAUAUCAAGAGACAUGUGUGACUUUAAAGGAAAAUUGUCUGUCAGUGAAAUGAUUACAGCUUUUCUACAGUUCCAAGCUUAUGUACAUCUCUGCAAUGAUCUUGACAAGGCAUCUUUCUUGAGUGAGAAACUUUUACAAGCUUUACCCGCUCAUGUGACUUCUCAGAGUUUCCCAUCACAUAUACUGGUGCAGAUUGUUGCUAUUAAUAUCUUUGCCAUGCAGCAUGCUAGACGACAGAUAGAUGGAGAGAAUGAUGAUUAUACUGCUGAACAAUUGACAUCAGAUGAAGAAAGGGCCUUUGAACUCAUGCUGCUAUUUACUAUUUCCAUAUUGGAUGUCCUGUUGCAGUACACACCUAAACAUGACCACAAGUUGCGAGAAUUUUUCACUCUACCAUCAGUCAAACUUUUGCUUGAUUGGUUUCGAUUGAAUCCAGUACAUUUAUCCAAUCCUAUUGUCAAAAUAUCAGGAUUAUGGAUAAAUCUUUGCAAAGUACUGAAUAAUAUUAAACCUCCACAAACAAAGAAAGAUGAGCCUAUUGAUCUUACUAAGUAUGAAGAAUUGCCAUUACCUGAAGAUACUGAACUCCGAUGUUUUCAGCCACUGGAAAAAGCACAUAGUUGCUAUAGCUACAGUAGACUACCGAGUGAUGGCCUUCCCCAGGAAAUUGAAUGCCACUUAAGAUGUCAGAGAAUUCUCAGCCAUGGUAGAUGGGUUGCUGAAGAACAUAGCAAUCUGAACCUAUUGGUAAUACAAAAUAUAAAGGCUCAACAUCUACAGUUUACAUCACCUGUUAUCCCAAACAAGUCACAUAUUGGUAUAAAUAAAAUUAUAUCUGCAUCCAGUCCUGAAAAGAAAUCUCGCCAAAAUGUUGCAAUACAGGCUAUUAUACAGAAACAGACUAAAGGCAAAGAUGAGACUAUAAAGCCUAACAAAUCUGAAGAAAAGAUAAAAAUAGUCACAACUACUAUAGACAAGUCAGUGGAAUCACAAUUAGGUCCUGCAUCUCCAAAAUAUUUACUUGGUACACCAACCAAUCAACCAGAAUUUAUGAAAACAACUACAUCAUCAAAACCAGCAAAUCCAAAUAUUCCUCCAAGACUUCAGCAACAACCACCAAGACUACAAAAACAAUUGCUAGCACAACAACAAGCUAGGCAACAGUCCCAAGAAAAACAGUUGUGGGAACCAGAUAAAGAUAGUCCAAAGCCUUCAUCUUCCAAUACAUCAUUUGAAGUCAUACGUCAGUCAUCAUCAGGUUCAUCCUUAUGGGAACCAGAAAACACUUCACAGAAAUGGGAAUCUGAUAAUGAUAUGACAUGGAAACCACAACAUGUAUGGGAUCCUGACUCAGACACAUCUCAAAGAAAGCCUAUUUCUCAACCACCCAAAUUGUGGGAACCUAAAACUGGCAAGUUCAAAAUCGUUGAGACUAAUGAUUCCCAGUCACAGAGAUCUAGUAAUAUACAUGCCUGGGCAAGUCCACAGCAAGAAGUGAGUCAACCUUUGCCUACACCUUCCUUCCCACCACCAUCUGGACAGGCAACAGCAGAAAGGCAGGCAGCACCCCAGCAACAAGGACAGACAACACAACCCUUCAAUCAGUUUAUGAUGUUUAGACCUGAUUUUAGGCAACCUCCUCCAAAUUUACCCCCUCCUCCACCUGGCCCUCCUGGGCAACUGCAGAGGAUGAUGGGUUAUCCACAACCACCAACACAAGGAGAAAGGUCAAAUAAAGGGGAAGAUCCAUUGAUGAGUUUGAGAGGUCCACCAGGAAAAGCUGCGGGCAGCAAUAUACCACUAGGCAGACCUCCUCCAAACAUGGAAAGUUUUCCUCCUCCAGGAAAGAUGGGUUUACAGACAAACUUUCCCCCUCCAGGAAAUAUUAAUCAAAAUCAAGGACAAGAUAAUCAAUUAGAUGUUGGUCCUCCUUCAAAGACAGACAAUAACCCUCACUCAAAAUUUCUGAACUUCACAAAUUUCCCUCCACCACCACCACCAAUGGCAGGACAACAAUAUGGAGGGAAGGAAAAUCCUAUGAUGUUUCCAACUCAACAAGGUAUCAAUUUUCCAAGGUUUACUGGGAAUCAACCUCCAAAGGAAGUAUACGGUAAUGGAACAGGACCAUUAGACAUGCUAAAUAAACACAGUGCUAGCGGUGAUCAGCCAAAUCAGCAAUUUCCUAAAAAUCUUUACAACUUCCCGCCAGCACCUGGUACUGAGAGGAUGAACCAUCCAAGUGGACCCAACAUACAUCAACCACCCCCUCAUCAGCAUCCUACUGGAACUCAGCCACCACCAAAUCAGCAUCCUCAUGGGGCUCAACCUCCACCAAACUUCAACAUGCUAAAUCCUAAUUUUCUUAGUUCUGGACGAUUCCCUGUACCUAGAGCAGGAUUCCCUCCACAAACUGAGACGCACAAAAUGAUGAAUGGAGAUAUUCAAGGCAAUGUGUCAACUCUGUCUCAUCUCACUAUACAGCCUCCGAAGAGUGGAGCAGAUCUCUUCCCAGUAUCUCCUAGGAUGAGUGCUAGUUUUCAAGGCCAUGCUGAGGGAACUCCCAAGCCAGACAGUGGGAAUUCUCCAUCAAGAAGCCCUCAUCAGCCAGCAGUAGAUGUUGAUGUCCCUGUCAUACAGACCAAACCAACAGUUACAACAUCUGCCCCUGUACAACAGGGAACCUACUCUCUCUUUAGUGGUACAACAUGGUCUGUCCCAUUGUCAUCAGCUGACACAAAAAGCAUUGGCUCAUCACCAUUCUCUUCAGAAUCCUCCAGUAUAAGGAAUUCUCCAGACGUAUCAGAGUCAUUCAGUGACAGUAAGAUUGGUCAUCCAAUGGACCUUGGUUUGAGAUUUGGUACACAGGAGGAUCAUUGGAGAGAGUUAGCCCAAGGGCAACAAGUAUUAGAGCAAAUGGCUAGCAAUGGACAAGGUGGCAAUUUUUUUCAAGGAAAUAUCCAGUCAAUUUGGUCGUCAUCAUCAUCUGGACCGUCACCACUUGAACGACUCCUUGAAAAACAGAAACAACGCCAAAAUGAUCCUCAUUGAAGGAAAUGUAAAUUCUUAUUUGGGAAAAAAUUCAGUGAUUGUGUAAAAAUAAUCACAAAUGCUAGAGUUGCUUAAUUACCAAGCGAAUCAACUUGAGCAGAUGUUAUAUUGGUUGCCUAGCAACUUGUAGUAAUGAAGAAAACAGUCAAGCAAACAUAUUCUUCAAUAUAAAAAAGAGUUAUGUCUCAUAAAGAUAAAGAAAAAUGCAAAGAAAAAGAAGCGAUCUCCCUGCAUAUUUGCAGGUUUUAAAAAAUUGCUUAAUGAUACAUUAUGCCACAAUGGUGUUAUAUAUAUAUAUAUAUGUGUGUGUGUAUUAUAGAAUUGUGAAAAUAUUUGUGUGAUAAUUUUUAAAAGACAGAUAUGUUCUAUAAAUAUGUAUCUCCUAAAUAAUGUUCAUUUCACAGACUGUAUAUUUCAAUAUUUUGUCUUUCAUAUUUGUAGUACACAAUAGUUAAAUGGUGGUCUAUGCAUGAAAUAAUUUAAUAUUAAUAAUCAGAAGAAGUUGUGAGAGAGAUGAACAUAGUAGAUCUUGCUUUUGUGUGUUUUGUAUAGACUUGACAAUGAUUAUAGUGAAUAUGAAGAAGUUUGUUGAAUUUCUAUAGUGGUCAGUUUAUUUAUUUUGUGUGAAAAAAUAUUUAUGUAAAAUGCAUUGCAGAUCUGAUAAACUUUAACAAGUGAUUCAUUUUAGCGGGUUUUCCACCUUUUUCUGGUUGUUUUUUUUCUAGACUGUUAUAUUUUUGCAGCUUUUAAAUAUUAUUGAAUGUGAAGUUUUUGUUAGAUGAUGGAAGUUAUGAAAAAGUUACAUAUUUUUGUAUUAGAUUACCAAAAUUCUAUGUCCAGCUUUUCAAAGAAUCUGAAAUGGUUUUUAUCACAUUAUAAUGUCCAGCUUCUCAAAAUACAUCUAAAAUAUUUAAUGUCACAUUCUAAUGUUAUUCACAGAACAUAAUGAAAAUAAUAUAACUAGUGAAAUUGUAAUUAAAUAUUUACAAGUUUUCUUGACCAAUUUUAGUUUGAAAAACAAUAACUCUGUGUAAUCACUGCUGUUUCUCCUCUUUUCGUUAUCCAUGACAAGAUGAAUUUGGCAGCAUAUUAAUGUUUGAUAGAUAUAUUCCAAAUAGAGAAAACUGUAAAAAAAGUUAAUUUUGUGGAUACUUGUUAGAUGCACAGAAAGGUACAUGUUAACAUUUGUUAUAUUAGAUAUGGUGUCCAUCGGCAGUGUUAACUUUUUCAAAAAACCUUUUCCUCUGGAACUACUGAACCAAAAGUUACCAAACUUUACCUUAAUGUAUCUGUGGGUGUAUUUAAUUUGUAAAUUGUAUCUAUUGAUUAAAUCAGGCGGCUGUUGAAAUAUCUUUGAAAAAUAUUUAGAGAUUGAGAAAAAUCAAAACCUCAAACGAGCAGAAUGUAAGAAUUUCAAUUUUAAAAAAUUUUUGCUACUAUCUUGGUAACAAUAAUAGAUAGAGAGAAACUUUAACAGCAGAAAUGAUCGUCAUGACUUUUUUUUCAUUUAUAAAAAGAAAUAAAUUUCAUAUAACUUUGGCUUUCAAAGGAAGAUUGCUGUGUGCAUGUUGAAAAAUGAAAAUUUAUUCCUAAAUGGUAUCAAAAAAACAAAAAAAUUAAAACAACACCUUAAAAUGUUCAUGUGUCCAAAGUGCUUUUCUAGAUAUACCUGCAUCAGGAACCCUCUAAGUCGAAUAUUUGAUAGCCAAGGAUGUAUAAGAACCAAAACAGUUGAAGAACUAUAUGACCAAAAGGACCUAAAAAAAUAGCCAAAUCCAUCUAAGGUCAAAUUUGCCCGAGGGAGUAUGAAACUGUUUUGAAAAUAUGUUAUGGUUUAUCUUGUCAUGGUUAUUACUGAAAAAGGAACUCUGUGAGCAUGGUUAGGCCAACUAAAAUUGAUUAGUAAAUUUUCAUCCAGCUUUUUGAAAAAAUGGGGCGGGUGAGAGGAUUUUUUUUAUUUUUUAUUUUCUCGGAAACCCUUUCGAAAUGCAAGGGUAAUAAUAAGCUUAUAUCAUUUAUCUUUUAAAUUCUGCAUACUUUUUCAAAUUCUAAAAUAAAUAUUUCUGAUUUGCAACCACUUAUUAUUGCUUUAGAAACCCAUUUUCUGUAAAAAGCAAAAAUGUGGAGACAUGCUCUCUUUUAGACUACCUACUUUCCAAGCUAUGGUUUGUAGUGCCCAUAAAAUGAAACAUAUGCAUUGGUAUUAAACACAAGUAUUAUGAUUACAGAGUAAAAUGAAAACUCAAACUGUGUUGAAAUUACUAGGGUUGAUGCUUUUAAGAUUCUUAAGUAAGGUGCAAUAAAUUUUAUUAACUAGAUGUAAACAUACAAUAUAAAACACGAACUUAACCAAAAGAAGUUUUUGGGUAAAUCUUGGUAUACGCUGGCUGACUUUUUGUACUCAAUACAUGUAUAUGGUCUUAAACAGUAAGUUGUAUUGCACAAGUUCCUGCUUAUGUCAAUUUCUUUUUUUUAACAAGAAGAUAAUGUAGUCAAUAAGAGCAGCAGAAUGUAUCGACUAAAUCAUUUUGGUUAAGUUACUGGCAGAAAUACGAAAACCGAAUUUUGCAACAGGAAGUUUUGAAUAAAAUGAAACUAUCCAGUAACGGAAAUGAACAAAAUCCGGAAAUAUUAAUUUUUUUAAAAUUAAAAAAAUCGGGGUUGGACUAUUUCAGGGGGGCGGGCAGAGGAUGAAAAUCUAUCAGUUAAUUUGAAUUGGCCUUAAUGGUAAAAAUGACAUGUGUAUGGUAUGUGAGCAUGGCUAAUGGUGAAAAUGAUUUGUGUUUGGUCUGUAAACAGGUUUAAAUAAUAAGAAGUGAGGAGCAAGGGUUUCAAUUUAAUGACUUUUAGAUGUUGAUAAUUUCCUCUGUAAUGGAAUUUUCAGUGAAUAUUUAUAACUUAGUCUUAUAUUGUCAUCUAUGUACAAGACUACUUUCGGAAAAGAAAAUUUGAUGUUUUAGGUUGGAAAAUUUAUUUAUUACAGAACAGGUUGCUUCAUUUUUUGAAAAUGAAGAAAAAAAAUAAAAAUAUUUUCCUUUAAAUAUGCAAAAUUGAGUUUUUUAAUCAUAAGGGCCAAGUUAGGGCUGUUAUCAUAGGGUGUCUUCUUUUGUAUUUUAAGAUAUGAUAAAGGAUUACUGUAAAAUUUGGUUUAAGGAGGAGGUAUAAUGAGGCCACUUUUUUUGGUCCCUUGAUUUGUAAAUAAUCUUAUAAUAAGUUGUCAGAUUUUCACAAUGCAUUAGUUUAUGAGAUAUCAGUAGUUAAAUACUUGAAUUUUGUCUUACUCUUUUACUUUAGGCCUUUAAACUUCUUUCAUGUAAAGAAAAUUGUUAAAUCUGCCAAAAAUUCAUCAUUUUGAGAGAAAAUGUAUUUCAAUUAAUAUUAAAAUGUGAGCAACUUUAUGAUAAAAUAUAAUUUGCCACAAGUUGUCUUUGAGGAUGAUAGGAUGAUAUGAGUAUAUUUUUUUAUGGUAAGGCUCAUAUUUAAUUUGACCAAAUAUUGAUAUUAAAUCAUCAUACUUGUUAAAAAUGUUUAUUAUUGAAGCAAUUUAUAUUUAAUUAUUGAUUAAAACUAACAUUUUUUGAAAGGAUUGAAGAA